AAAGGUUGUUAUUGCAUUGAGUUGCACGUUCGCUAACUCAUCAACUUGUGCACAGAGCGAAAGAUGUUAAAAAUUAUAAUUUACGGAUUUCUGCUUUUAACCGUUGUACACACAGUAUGGACAGAUACCGCUGGGGAAUGCAAUAUGGCAGGCUUCUACAUAGAACUGGGCUGCACACCUGUACCGGCUGUAGAUAACACAACAACCUGCCCCGAGUCUUUCAUUUGUCCAGACUUACACCCUGACCCAAAAUCUUGCUACUACAGAGGUAAAGCCUACCAAGACCGUACCACUAUACCUCAAAGGCUGAUCAACAAUCCAUGCUCGCAGGCCUGUAGUUGUAAUGUUGGUAACGAGCCGCGGUUCGAUUGCGCGGCCGUCGACUGCGUGGAAGUUUUCGAUACGGACGUACAACAGCAAUGUAUUAGCACGUAUGAGCUAGACUCGUGUUGUAGUACGGGAAGCGUUUGUGGCAAAGAUGAAAUAGCGAAACUUAAAACCUGUGAGGUAGAUGGCCAAACGUAUCUAGAAGGGCAAGUCUUCGAGCCAAAGAACACAAGGAAAAGUUGUAUAUGCACACCGCAGUGGAACGGCUCCACUGAUAACCCAGAGUUCUGUAGAGAAAUCAACUGUGGUCUCGAGAUCCACUACCAAGGCAUGAUAUUUGACAAAUGCGCGCCAGUUUUCGCUGGCAAUAUGAAGGGUUGUCCCAUCGCUUUUCAAUGUCCCACAUUACAGUCCAAAGUGGUCCGAGGUUUAAAUCUUCGCAGCAUCAGCGAACAGUGUACGUUCGGCAACGUGACGUUAUCCGUCGGUGACGAAGUUACCGUUGACGAGAAGUGCACAACUUGCGCCUGUGAUGUACCACCUUUUGUCUCUUGUUCUAGGAAAUCCAGCUGUUAAUGACCAAUUCUUUUAUAUAAAGACUAGCUAUUAUGUAUAGUGGUUCCAUACAUAUGACUGAGGCUCUGCGAUCAAUUCUCGCCGAACAAUAAUUGUUGGAUUGAAAUUAAGUUACAAUUUUCUUUGUCAGUGUAAAGCGGUACUAUGUAAUUGUCAAUAGCUUUUUGUCUCACGUGAUUCGAUGUUGUGAUGCUACGGACAGUGUGAACGGGAAACUAAGUUUAGUUUCUACCAAACUAUUAUGAACUUAAGUUUUAAAUUAAAACGCAUGUAAUAAAGAUUAAUUGUUUGCCGUCACUUUGUCUAAUGAAAAAAAAAAUACUAGAGAUUCUUUGAGAUUUUUGGAGGCUGUUAGAAAGUUUGACGCCUCUUUUCUGCCCAAUGCUCAAACUAAACAAUCAAAAAUAUCUCUCAUUUAAAAAGUGGCUUUUCGAAAAUCGUAAUUAACAUUCGUAAUAUGCUUAAUAGUUCUUUAUAUAGUCAGUUAUUUAAAUAUAGGAUACUAAAAUAAAAAUUAUUUAUAUUUUAUAAUUAUUUAUAAUUCGUUUUCACAUAAUAAUUCUUAAUUUUAAAACCUCUCUUAUAUAUCACUUUCUUAUUUGAUAAAUUCAUAUUACACUUACAUUUUAUAUAACGCUUAGAACUAAUUAAAUAAUGACGUAUUUACAUUAUGUAUACAGCCUUAUAUUUGGACCUUUGUAAUUUAAACUAAUGUUGUUACAAUCUUUACAAUAGCAAAAGUAUUAAACUUAAAAUAUCUAUAAUAGGAUAC